UGAGUGUUGGACUCUUAAAGUUUCAAUUCGUCUAUUCUUUCUUUCCCUAUGUGAGCUUCUCUGAUUCUCAAGUUUAGCUCUCCUUGAAAGCUAGCACUAUGGUUCCUCCGGCUAAGAAAUUUAUCAAUAACCCGAACGAUGUUGCAACCGAGUUCAUCAAGGGUCUGGUCGAGACGUAUCCUGGGCUUCAGUAUUUGGAUGGCCUUCCUAAGGUUAAAGUUGUUCUGCGAGCUGAUGUCUCCGCUGCAAAUUAUGACAAGGUUUCCGUUAUAUCAGGAGGGGGAAGUGGGCAUGAACCAGCACAAGCUGGGUACGUUGGAGAAGGAAUGCUAACCGCAGCUAUUUGCGGAGAUGUUUUUGCUUCACCACCCGUUGAUUCCAUCCUAGCUGGGAUUCGAGCUGUAACUGGUCCGAUGGGAUGCCUCUUGGUUGUCACGAACUAUACUGGUGAUCGCUUGAACUUUGGCCUAGCAGCUGAGCAAGCAAAAACCGAGGGCUUCAAAGUAGAGACUGUGAUCGUUGGAGAUGAUUGUGCUCUACCCCCACCGCGUGGCAUAGCUGGACGCAGAGGUUUAGCGGGAACUAUUCUUGUCCAUGAGGUUGCUGGAGCAGCAGCUGCUGCUGGACUUUCUUUAGCAGAAGUUGCGGCAGAAGCAAAGCGUGCAUCUGAGAUGGUUGGGACCAUGGGUGUUGCACUAUCUGUUUGUUCACUUCCGGGACAAGUUACAUCAGAUCGUUUGGGUCCAGGGAAAAUGGAGCUUGGGCUUGGAGUUCAUGGGGAACCUGGCGCUGCUGUGGUCGACAUUCAACCUGUGGAUGUUGUAGUUUCCCAUGUUCUUCAACAGAUACUGAGUCUAGAGACUAGUUAUGUUCCAAUUACACGUGGUAACAGUGUAGUUCUGAUGGUUAAUGGCUUAGGUGGUACCCCUCUAAUGGAACUUAUGAUUGCUGCUGGAAAAGCAGUCCCUAAAUUACAGUUGGAAUUUGGACUUGCCGUUGAUAGGGUGUAUACUGGAUCAUUUAUGACCUCUCUUGAUAUGGCAGGGUUCUCGAUAUCGAUCAUGAAGGCUGACCAGUCAAUUUUAGAGCGUUUGGAUGCUCCGACCAAGGCUCCUAGUUGGCCAGUUGGCACAGAUGGGAACCACCCACCAGCAAAGAUCCCCGUUCCACUGCCUCCCUUCCGAUCAACAAAAAGCAAAGAGUCUCUAAGCCGACCUCAAGAACUUAGUCAACAAGGUCGAAUUCUUGAGGCAGCUAUUGAAGCAGCAGCGACUGUGGUCAUCAGUCUGAAGGAUAGUUUGAACGAAUGGGAUGGAAAAGUAGGUGACGGGGACUGUGGAUCAACAAUGUGCAGAGGCGCAACAACGAUUCUUGAGGACAUGAAGAUGUAUUAUCCGCUCAAUGAUGCUGCCGAAACUGUGAAUGAGAUUGGUUCAUCGAUCAGAAGAGUCAUGGGAGGAACAAGCGGAAUAAUUUACAGUCUCUUCUGCAAGGCUGCAUACGCGGAGUUAAAAGCUAAUGGUCAGCCAGAAAUCACUCCCAAAGACUGGUCUGAAGCACUCAAGUCAUCUAUCUCUGCUGUCGAUAAAUACGGUGGAGCAACUGCGGGUUAUAGAACGAUGUUAGAUGCGCUCAUCCCAGCUUCGAAAGUCCUUGAGGAGAAACUGAGUGUUGGAGAGGACCCUAUUUCUGCUUUUGUUCUGUCUGCUGAAGCUGCAACUGCAGGAGCUGAAUCAACCAUUAAAAUGCAAGCACAGGCCGGGAGAUCAAGCUAUGUAUAUGUUGAGAUUCUUGCAUCAACUCCUGAUCCUGGCGCAAUGGCUGCGGCGGCAUGGUACAGCGCCGCUGCAAGAGCCGUGAAAGAUCAGACCCACGGGUCAUGAUCCGAUGGACUAGACUCUGUGAGAGGUUAUUACGAGCUGUGUUGAUUUGAAUUCUUGUGUUUGUUGGCUCAGGGGUCGUUUAUUAUCUAAUGUUUGUGAGUUCUGACUCUGUGAUCAUAUGCAACAAAUGAGUUUGGAUUCUGAAUAA